GAGCACUCCAACAAAUGAAUGUCAUGGAACUUCCCAAGAGAUACAUAUUGAACACAUGGAUGCUAGAUGCAAAGGUUUCUUCAUCGAUUGAGGGCAAAGUUAAAGGGGAUGAGAAGGAUCCUAAGUUGGUAACAUCCGCAUGGUAUAAGCAUCGUUGUCCAAGAAUGGUAAACCUAGCAACUUUGUCACCGGAGGAUGACGACGCAUAUGAGUUGGUGGAUACAGCUAUUGCUCAUUUGUUCUCUAAAGUUGAAGCCAAUGCACUAGGCUGUAGCUCCGGCACUUCUCCUGGUGGAGGCCCUAUUGACAUGGAACUGAAUUUGGGUGUUCCUAAUUUGGGGCGAGCUAAGGGCUUCAAAAAGAGACAGGGGGCACAUGAAUGAGAAGCGUAGGUGGAACAGGAAGACUAAAAGCCUUGACAUGAGAAGAUUAGGAAGAUGGCAAAAGUGUUAAACGAUCUCGUCUUAGUCGGUUAAAAUAUCUUUGCAACUUGAUUUCAGAUUGACUAGAUUUUAUUGCUUUCUCUUUUGUUCGGAAGCUAUGUGUAGUGUAAUUGCUUGUACUGAUGUUUUUUGUGAUUAGGAUAUUCGAACACCUUAUCAGCCGCCAGUGAUGAAGUACACAGGGAAUAACUUUGUCACACACGACAUUACUAAUCCACCUUUGUCUCCCCAAACAUCAUACUAUCCAUUCGCAAUUGUUUAAGACGUUUAAUGAACUUGAAUCGGCAAGACAUAUUCCAAUGGAUCCAGAUGAGCAUAAUGCCCCAUGGAUAAAGAGUCACUCUUCCAUGAUGAUGGCUAUUUGAUUUUAAUCAAACCCCCCAAAGUUGAGUAAUUCGAGGGAUCA